GUUUCAUAAAGACCGAGACAGCAGUGUUUCUGACCACUGGGCAAGAGGAGGAGGAAACUCUUCAAGGAGAGUAAACAGUGGAGCUCAGCUGGAGGAAGCUCCAUGACCAGCGACAUCACCGAGGAGUCAGUAUCAGAGGACACCUACUCUACAGACAUGCCAGUUCCAGAUAUCGAGGACAGGGGCUUCUACACGGAGACGUUUCACUCUUCAGCCUGGAUUUAUCAGGGGGAUGAUGUCUGCCCCGCAGACAUUCAACCCGGCCUCACAACCAGAGCUCGGCCCGUUUCAAUUCGAGAGAGGACAGUGAAGAUCAGCAAAGGGACCGGAGAAUAUCCGUGGGGCUUUCGGAUUCAGUUUUCCAAACCCAUCGUUGUUACAGAAGUCGACACGAAUGGAGCUGCUGAGGAAGCAGGGCUGAUGGUUGGAGACUACGUCCUCGCCGUUAAUGGAAUCGAUGUGACCAGCAUUCCUCAUUCUGAGGCUGCUAACUUAGCGAGACAAGGUCCAGAUGUUUUAACAUUGACCAUUGGAUCAGACAUCGCUCGUGGACCGAACACGCCCAGACCUCCAUGUCGUGGUUACCUUCACAAGCGUACCCAGUCUGGUCUGAUUAAAGGAUGGAGGAAGAGGUGGUUUGUACUCACACAUGACUGCUGCCUGUACUACUACAAACACAAACGGGAUGAAGGGAAGUGGCGGGCUGUGUCGUCUGUAAAGCUGGAAGGGGCAGAGGUGGGUCCAGAUUCCUCCCUGGGAAAACCGUUUGUGUUCAAGUGCCGCCCUCAGUCUGGGAAUCGGAUAUACUUCCUCUGUGCCACUUCCAACCAGGAAAUGAAAAGAUGGUUGGAAGCCAUGGAAAAAGCCAUUCAUCCCAUCACUCAGAAUCAUGUGUGGGUGGAUGUCACCAGACACAACUCUAAUCUACCCCCACUGGCUGUGAAAAACCCUGAUUGCCUCGGUUUGCUUCAUAAAAUGGACAAAACCAAAGACAUGUGGGUCCAACACUACUGUAUCCUGAAGGACGGAUGUCUCUACCUGUACAGCGGUAUCCGAGCAACCCAUGCACAUGGUGGAAUCUACCUUCAGGGUUAUACGGUGCGAGAGCAGCCAUAUGGAUCCAAAAAGUCCACCAUUGAGCUGAGACCUCCAUCUGAUGAGUUUAAGACUUUCUACCUCUGUGCUGAGAAUCCAUCUGAAAAUAAACGAUGGAUGGUGGCGAUUAAAGCUUCGAUAAAGAAGUGGCUGCCUUUACACAGGGCCCUGCAGGACUACAUGAACCGACCACCGGAGGAGACCAGGAUGUGAGUUGGUACCAGCAGACUGGACCUUCAUGAUCAGCCAUCCUGAGCUCCAGCUCAUCAGAGCCAAAUAAUCAAACAUUUAUUCAUUUUAUUUAUUAUUAUAUUUGUAUUACAGUUACAAAUAUUGU